UGUCACCCUGAGGGGCGGGUCUGCGCUCCCGGACGGUCCUCCCGGACUUGGAUGCUGGUGUGGGAGCCGCCCCCAGGGGGACCCUGUGCAAAGGGAUGCACCCCAGUGACCGCCGCCUCUACCCCUGAGGGAGUCCGUGGGGCGACGUGAAGGGAGACGCCCAGGGCGCCCUGCACUUUUUGCCUUGUCCAGCCCCAGCGUGGAGGGCAUCCUCCCCAGGGCCCCAGGGAGGCCUUCUGUGUAAGUGGAGGGGCAUCAAGGUAGUCUCUGGACUUGGCUCCACGGGAGACCAUCUGGGGACCCCAGGGACCUUCCCGGUGGUGUUGGUGAACCCCAGGUGAUCUCAGCCUGUGCUCCAGAGAUGCCCAGAAGGAACCUUUGCCUGGAAAAAUUGGAUCCAUUUGUGGCAUCGUAGCUCCAAGGACUUUGGCACUGACCUCCUAUGGGGCUCAGGAUGCCCUCGCUUGUACCCCCUCAACAUAGUGGAAAGGAGUGGGGACUGUGGGGCCGUGGCCUUUGUUCAUCCCAGUUCCCACCCUGCCCCCAUGAGAAGCUCCCUUCUGUAUGAUAGAGAGCCCCGUGGGCUUCAAGCUGGACUUUAGAGGAGAUGGAAACUGCUUCUAAGAGCACAGGGCCCAAGGGGUACCAGGACCAGUGAGGCCUCCAGAUCAAAGACAGGAGAUCUGAGCUCUUGAGUCUGACUACCCAAAGCAGUGAGACCAAGUUUCUGGAGGGAGGAAUAAGAGAGAGGAGAGGAUUUUUGAGCACCCCUGUGCCAGGCACGGUGCUAGAUGUUUAAACAUCUUAUGUAAUUCUUAACAACAGCUUCAUAAAAUUGCCCCAUUUGAACAUUAGGCAUUUGUGACGCAGGCUUUAGCACUUUGCUAACGUUAGAUCACAAACGUUAGCAUGAUGAAGUCUGUUCUUCUAAUUUAACUCGGAGAAAAGUAUCAAAGAGGGGCAGAAGCAAGGGUGGGUGGUUGUUACUAAGUUCCGUUGAAGUGUCAAGCAUGGGUCUUUGCAAUGGCAUUUGCUCAGCAAAUGCGAUGCUUACACCGAUGAGGACGGAUUAACUGAACACGGACCAUGGGAGCAGUUGUCCACUUAACCCCCAGAUUGUCAGGACUUGCUUGGGAGGACCAGAGGGACCCACAGUGGAGUCUCCUGGGGCCACCUUCCCCGCUGCAGGAUCUUGAGGAAGACACUGUCACUUCUAAGAGUCAUCCACACUUCCCUUGUGGCCCUCUAUGUGCACCAGUGGACCCUAAUCCAUAAAUACCACUCAAGACACUUUGCCGAACAGUUCCUCUGUGCGAGAGAAGCAGGAGCAUGGGAAAGAUGCGAGCCAAGAAAGGCUUAUUGGUAAUCUGUUGUCUGGGGGGGGCGGGAGCCUGAGUCUGCCCCCUGUCUCGCCCACUCAACACUUGCAUUUCAGCUGAAUCCUAAGGGUUUAACUUUGGGCCCAAAGAUAGAUUCUGGCCUCUUAUCCAAAAGUGGAGUGGUGAAGGGGACCAAGCCAUGGAAUUUACCGCAGAGCCAUUCUGGGGUGUCCCUGCUCAUCUUUGUACUCCUCCUGCACAGCCAAACCUGGGAGCAUCCUCCUUUGAUAAAACCAGCCUCCUAGAGCUGGGCUCCAGCGAGAAGUGGCCACGUCAGAGCAGAGGUCCAUCAUAUAGUCAGGCUCGGUCCUAGGUUUCUUUGAAAACGUAUAUACCUACUUUGAGACUGAGGCAGGGGGAUUGCCACAAGUUGAACGCCAGCCUGGGCUAUAAGGAAAACUGUCUCAGAAAACCGAAACCAAAUAAACAAGAAAACACUGGCUGUGGUAACCUAUGUCUAUUAUCCUGACACUUGGGAGGUGGAGGCAGGCAAAUCGCAAGUUCAAGGCCAGCUUGGGCUGUAUAGCAAGUUCUAGGCCCUGUCUCAAAAACAAAAGAUAAGAAGAAAAAAAAAAUGCUCCUUCGGGCUUCUGAGAUGACAGUGAGAAAAGAGACCAUGCUGUUGAGGAAACCGAGUACUCUAACUUACCAGUUGCUAUCUGGGCUUUCUUUUCCUUAACGGCUUGGCUCCUUUAAGGAUGUAAUGGUUGGGGUGCCUCCAUGCAUAGCUAAACAAGCGAAUUCUGACAGGUUCACAUUGGGGGGGGCACCUCUCUGUUAUACAUAUGUUUAAUCCCCUCUCAGCUUAAACCCUCUUGUUACUGCAUCUGACCAAAGUAAACACAUAUAUUGUUGAAAGAGAAAACUGAGACCAAGCCUGCAAAUAUGGUGGAGUUUGUCCUAAUUCCGAUAGUUCCUUAUUUGUUUGUUUGUUUGUUUUUGUUUUCAAGACAGGGUUUCUCAGUGUAGUCCUGGAACUUGUUCUGUAGACCAGGCUGGCCUCAAACUCAGAGAUCUGCCUGCCUCUGUCUCCUGAGUGCUGGGGCAAAAGGCUCUCAGAUAGUUCUUGUUGGAGUGUUAUUAUUAUAUUAUUUUUGUUGUUACUAAACUGAUCUUUUCAUCAAGGGCUCUGAGUAUCACACUCCCUGAUAACCUUGGGAAAAAUCACUUGCUUGAUCCAAGUGCUGCCCAGAUCUUGGAUUCUCACUACCAUCUCCUGAGGUCUAAUAUUGAGUCAACAUUACAUCUCAACACAUUACAUCUCAUUAUCAUCUUGUCAGAAUAGUGCCUCAGCACAGCACGGGUAGAGUGUGUGUGACGGUGUUACCAGGCGGCCUAAUCUUCUCAAAACUGCUUCCUUCCAAAGGAAAGUAGAGGAGAAUGCCCCUUCCCCACCUGAGUAAGCACAAAUGGAUGUGGAUUCCUCAGCCUUGGCUCUUCAUAGGUUCUCUGACCACACUCUAACCACUUUUCUCUUCCAGCAUUAACCAUGUAUUUUCUAAGUGCUUCCUUUUCUUGGAACACGGAUAAUAAACCUCCCCAGGUCCAUUUCCCAUGUUCCUGUUUUCUCCCAGUACACCUGGUCCUGAGUGGUUCAUAUCUAGGCUAAUAGUCUCCCAUCUCUUCAGCUAAAAUAUCCAUUGUCUAUCAGUCCCACACGCCUCUCUGGCAAUGCUUCUUCAUCCCCCAGAUUUACUUAUUCAUAUCUGAUGGGAAGAUCAUUAUCUUCUCGAUCCUUCAACCUUAAUGACUGAGCUCUGACUGGAAUUGCUCUACCAGCUUUGGACCAAGAAGCUUGGACUGUCAGUGUCCAUCUGGAGACAUGAUUAUUGGUUCCAUUAUAGCAUCUCUCCACUCUCCACCCACCUUCCAGCAAUCCCCUCAGAGGGCUGCACACAUCCUAAGUGCUGCCAACUGGCCAGCGCGAUGCCAUAUAAAGAGGAAAGCUCUUGUCCUUGAGGAGUUUGCACAGAAUCGGUCUGCAUUUCCUCACUCGUUCACUAUUAAUAUAAAGUGCAGGGAAAGUAUUAGGGAAAAUACAGCUUUACAGGCUAUGUAUGGCAGUCAGGGGAGAGUGUGUCAUUUUCUCAGGUGUCACCGACAACUAAGAUGUGUUUCUACAAGCAGCCACAUUCCAACCCCCCUGCCAAAGUUACUUUGGCCGUGUGUUUUGAGCGAACUGGUCACACACACACUUCCUCCGCUAGUCAUAUGCUUGGAUAGGACGUUACAGGUUACAAGGCCCUUUACAUAUUAUGAUCUCUGAUUUUGAACACAUCUCCGGUUACUGUGGUCCUCUCACUGGAAGAUUCCGUGAGAGGACUGGCUUGCCCUCUUUUUCGUGUCUGUGUUUGUUUUUUAAGCUUAUGCCUCCUUGUAGAUAAAGCCCCGGUGAUUACUGCAAUUACUACCUGCCAGAUCUUAGGUUGAGGGAAAGAGUUGCAUGUUGGAAAGCUUGGAAAUAAAGGUCACCCAGUGCACUCACGGCUCAGCCCUGGGUUUAUCAGGACGGUCUCUCAUCAUCCUGGCCAAGCUCCCCUCCCUUCCUCUCCCCCCUUCCCUGAAUUCAAAUGAAUAUUCCCUUUUAAACAAAUAUUUUAAGCAUACUACCUCAAACCAGUUCUUUGAGCUGAUGCUAAUUCCUAUGUGAAUGCUGAUUUCCUUGCCUAUUUCUAUCCAGCACCCAAGCUGGCUGCAUAGCUCUAAGUCAUGAUGGAGUCCCCAUAUAGCUCCAUGCUUGGCGUGUGUUUUUACCUCUUCCUGGAAUGCUUUUUUUUUUUUUUUCUCAUCCACUGGGUUAACUCCCACUCAUCUUCAAAAUUUAGCUCCAGCAACACCUUUUUUUUUUUUUUUAAUCCUACACGUAUGCCCCCUACACACGCACAUACUCUGUGCAUCCUCACAGGCUGAGAUUCCAUUUGUUCAUCCUACCAACAGCUAUUAGCACUUGAUUUGUGCCUAACACAUAGUAGGCUGCACACACACACACACACACACACACACACACACACACACACACACGUUUAUGGACUCAGCAAGCCAGUGAAUGGUAAUAAAGUAUAAUAACUGUGUAAGUGGCGCUGCAUCGGGCUUUGGGGAUCUAAAACAGGGAGUGCCUCUCCAUCUUGCUGGGAAAAUUCACUUGCUGAGUGCAGCCGCACCAGCCAAUCACUGCCAGUGUGAUGUUCCUUAACUGUUGCUCUGCUUCUGGGGGAAGUCGGAGCUGUAGCUUUUAAUGAAGACAGCCCAAUCCCCCAGAGGCUAAAGAUCAUGCCAUCAUUUUGUUCUCGCGUAUAUUAAAGCUUCGUGAGCUCUCAGUAAAUAUGAAGCCGCCGCAGCGGGAUGUCCCUCCUGCCUCGUAGCCUGGAGCUGAGGCCAGGAAGACAGGUUCACUCGGUCUUCAGCCUGUCUGCUCCCUAGACAGUCCUGAACACCUCCCUGCAGUUUGGGUGACUGUGUCUCCCCAAACAGGCCGAAGUGGAUGGAAGGAGGUGGGGAGGGAGACCUUCAGGGUCUGCAGACGUGAAGACCGAAACCAGUCUGUAGGUUACUGGGAGGCGGCUGACAGGUAGAAAUGGCUCCGAGGACGCUGAAUUGAGACCGGAGGACAGCUGGACCGCGUGGGGCUUGGGUUGCCCCAGAGACCUACAGAGGGUAAGGGACUCUGCGUGCUCACUUUCUCGGAAGUUCUUCAGAGCCAUGGGGGUGUUGAUGUCCAAGCGGCAGACGGUGGAGCAGGUGCAGAAGGUGAGCCUGGCUGUGUCAGCCUUCAAGGAUGGGCUGCGGGACAGGCCUUCCAUUAGACGUGGGGGUGAGCUGCCAGGGUCCCGCCGCGGCACUGUGGAGGGCUCUGUUCAGGAAGUGCAGGAAGAAAAGGAAGCAGAGGCAAGUGCCCCCGUGGUCCAGGAAGAGAGCGGCAUCAACCGUGCAGCCUGGGAGCGGCUCCGAGAUGGGCGUGGAAUUGAGCCUGAGGAGUUUGACAGGACCAGCAGAUUCACACCCCCUGCCUUCAUCCGACCCACCCGGAAGCUGGAUGACGACAAACCUCCAGACAUCUGCUUGGAUCCCCGGGAGGCUGUUGUCAACGAUGAGAUGUGUGACAUCUGCGAAGUCUGGACGGCUGAGAGCCUCUUUCCAUGCAGAAUCUGCACCAGGGUUUUCCACGAUGGUUGCCUGCGCCGCAUGGGCUACCUCCAAGGGGACAGUGCAGCGGAGGUGACGGAGAUGGCCCAUACAGAAAUAGGCUGGAGCUGCUACUACUGUGACAACCUUAACCUGCUGCUGACUGAGGAGGAGAUGUACAGCCUCACAGAGACCUUCCAACGGUGUAAAGUCAUCCCUGAUUGCUCCCUGACGCUGGAGGACUUCGUGCGCUACCGCCACCAGGCAGCCAAGCGAGGGGAGAGCAGCAGGGCCCUGAGUGAUGAGCAGGAGGAGCAAGCCGCCCGCCAGUUCGCGGCCUUGGACCCCGAACAUCGAGGCCACGUAGAGUGGUCCGACUUCUUGUCCCAUGAAUCUCUCCUGCUGCUGCAGCAGCUGCGUCCCCAGAACUCUCUGCUGAGGCUUCUGACCGUCAAGGAGAGGGAACGAGCCCGAAGCACCUUCCUGGCACGGGGCAGUGGGAGCGCCAUCAGCGAGGCAGAGUGCCACCGCGCCCGGCACUCCUGGUUCUGUAAACGCCUUGCAGAGGCCGCGUCCUGCAGUGUCAGCGUCAGCCAUGUGGGUCCCAUAGCGGACAGCAGCCCGGCCGGCAGCAGUAGCAAGAGUGAAUGUAAGGCCCCGCUGCCCGACGAGCAGGAGUCCAGAUCUGUGGACUGGCCCACCUUCCUAAGAGAGAACGUCAUCUACAUCUUGGCUGCCCGUCCCAACAGUGGAGCGAUUCACCUGAAACCCCCAGGAUAGUGCGGGGCGGAGCAGCUCGGUUCUGGGACGGUGGCAUCCUCUCCUCCUCUCCUCCCUCUUUCCUUCAACUCACCUCUGGCGCUGAGGCUCACAGGAAUGGGGCACUGCCAACAUCUUAAUUUGUCAUUAAGUUUUACGGCACCGAAGCCACCGUUCCCCUCACAGCAGAGGCAGUGUGUGUCUUGCCACACCGAGAAGCCCUGAGAGCUGUGGCGUCCGUCACCCGCUCCUGGACCGCCUCCUGCCCUCACAUCGUAAAACUACCUGCCACCUCAUGCAUACAUAUGUGCACAUGCACAUACAGCCACAUACAUGCCUAGAUACCCAUGCCUUCAGACUCCUGGUUCUUUUUUUGAUGGAAAAAGGACCAAAAUCCCUUUGUGAACCCCUGGUGUAGAUGAGAUGGUCUCUUCUCACUCUUUCUAUUGGCCAGUUCUGAUUUCCAGUAGAAAGCAAGGGGCAGAUCAGCCUCGCUUCCCCUCCAGGAGAUGCCGAGAGCCACCCUGCCCACAUUGAACCCCCCUCUGUGAUGAGUCACUGCUGCUCAUAAGUGUCUGUGUGACCCUCAGGUGUGUCGUGGUGGGAGAACCGUUAAAAAUCAUCCCUGAAGUUUGUGUUUAAAUUCUAAUUCCUCGUGACAGAAAAGGAAACUAGCUUGUGGAUUUCUGACUGGGAAAACAGUGGAGACAGCCUCUCCCAGAGACCCAGAAGUCUCUUUCAACCAGGUCCUCCCAACUUCACAAGCCCUUAGCAGACCAGGAAAGUCAAGGUGAGACCCGUGACCCCUGUUUGUUGAGUGGUAUCGCGUGGUCCGAAGCUCUAGGGACCCGAGUGGAAUGGAUACACUGGCAGAAAUGACGACCCUCUGUGGGAGAUGCUUCAGCCUGGCCGCUACGGAGGCCGAUGAGGGCACAAUCUCAUGGGAGAGAAGAGAAAAGCAGGCUUUUCCUGCUUCCCAGCCCAACUCCACCACAGCCAUAGAAAUGUGGCUUUAUACAGAGGGCAAGCCAGCCUCGGACAUAGCCUGAAGGAGAUCCUCAGAAGCCCUCAGCAGUCUCGCUGAGACAGAAAAGGAGACGCAACCAAGACUCAGAAGAUCUGUAUCUCAACUGUCAAGUUCUAGUCAGUGUCCUAAGGGGAAAGGCUUGUCGUUCUCCCCAAAACGGAGAUGUAGCCUCAGCGGCUGCUUCUCCCUGCUGCUUGUUCAUGUCUUCCCCUCCUUGCUAGGAGCUGGAGCUAGCCUGAGAGGCUUUGUGGACAAGCAGAGUGCCGUGAAUGCACCAAACGUGGCCCUCAAGCUUUGCCAAACCCCAUUACCUAACAGUUCUGAAGCUCUCCAAUCAUGGUGUGGGUCAGCCCUUAGACCUAGGGGUCCAGGUUCUGGAUUUCUAUUUUCAACCGGAUGACUUAGGUAUGGCCAGUUCUGACAACGAGGGCUUCUUCAAGAGACAGUUGAGCCAAGUCACGCAGAAGCUUGCAUUAUCUCCACUGCUCAAAGCACUUGUACUGAAGCGAAUGAUUACAGAAGAAGAAGAGGCGUGUCGCUCAGUGUUGAGAUGCUGGGAUGAAGUGGGGUCUGCAGCCAGGGCCUUGCCUAGAGCCCUGGGCGGCCUCUUUCUGGAGGAAGUGCCUGACCUAGAAGCAGGGUGGUGAACUGCUGGAGACAGGUUAUCUAGGACUGAGAGGAUACAGAUAGGAGAUACAUGUGGGUUCAUUUUGAAACCCACAGCUUUUAAAAACUACCACUUGCGGCUGGGCAUGGUAGUACACACCCUUCAUCCCAGCACUCAGGGGACAGAGGCAGGUGGAUCCUGUGAGUUGAAGGCCAGGCCGGUUUGUACUAAAUAGUAAGCUACACAAGUGAGACUUGGUCUCAAAAACAACAAUGAAAACUACUCAGCCACAUUCCCAAGACGGAUCAGUAAGAGGGCCCAUUAUUUGAUCUAAUCAAAAAGAAAAAAGCACAAAGCUCCUAGGCUCAAGGACUGUGUCUGUAGCAGCCAGGCCUGGGGUUUUCCAUUGAGAAGAUUAAAGCAUAUUAAAUACAAGGUCUCUUGCUCACUCUCCCGGUGAGUCACCAUCUACCCCUGUGACUGUGAACUGCUGAACCUCACAAGCUGUUUUGAACAGAGAUAAUCUCUGGGCUUUGGGAAUUGAACAGCACUUUCCUGCCACUCCCCAGCCGUGGGUACUGGGAGUCCAUCUUGCUCCAUGGUCCUUCACAGAUCAAGAUGAUCCUUGCCACUUUGAAGCUGCAGGGGGGUUGUUGUUCGUUUGUUUUGAGUUUCUUGCUCCUGCAGUUGAAUGGCAGAAGACCACAGGCCACAUCAGACUGGUUGGGUCCCAAGACUUUCCGAGCCAGCCCCACAGCUCAUCCACAGUAGAACCAGGCCUAUUUGAGAUCACCUCCCUAUCCAGGACAGUGGUUUUCCGUGGCGGGGGCCUGAUGCAGAGGGCCCAAGGGACUCUCCCCCAGCAAAGAAUGGAGGUCCCAAUCCACAACAAUGCUGAGAAGCAGAAAGACACAGGACAGCCGGCCUCUUCCCCAUAAGCAUGCAGUGUUGUACCAAAGGGAGGGUCCAUGGCUCCCUAGACAGUUGUUACAGAAGCCCUCCCGACCCCACUGUCCAUAGUCCCUCUUUGAAUGGCCUCCCUGGAGCCCCUGCAGUAUGUACAGAGGUACACUCCCAUCACCUAGCAAGACUCAUCCCUUUUCAAGCCUUUCUAUCACUGUGACUGCCUGAAAUUCUGCCAAGUGCAAAAAUUAAUGUCUGGCUCUGAUGAGGGUAUGAGAAAAUGUUUCUGUCUUUUCUGUCUUGGCUGCCAACAAUUAAGAUCAAUGCUUUUCCCAAACACCACCCAUCCUGAGCUCCAACCAAGGGAGGCUCGGGUUACACAUAUGCUUCUCUGAAGACCGCCUGCCCCAAGCUUGGUUUUCCUCCAGCAGUUCUCCUCCUUAUAUUCAGAACUGAGUGAAGGGGCAUCGCGACCACACAGCAGACUGCAGGGUCAGAGUUCCUGAGGGUGGCUUAGCUCCACAACCUCUCCAGGUCUGUUCCUUGGCCUCCUCACCUGAGGCCACCCUUCCCCCGAAGACCAUUUGGACAGUGGCCCUAUGGUAUCCCAGGGAUGGAGCGGUUUCCUCAUUCCCAGGUACUGACCCAGUUCAAGUGCUCUUCCUUUGAGGACAGCUGCAGCAGAAGCCAUGAAUACAUUGCCUCUUUCUACCCUCAGCCCAAGCAGUGGGCUGGCAGGGUAGACACUUGCCUUUCUGGCCAUAGUGCUCCCUUCGGGAGGUCACCUGGACCUUGUUUAAGUGGCCAAGUCUUGGAGUCCCCCCAUUUCUAUCACCAAAACAGAAAGCACAGAAUUCAACUGCCUGGAAAGAGGGCGCUUGACAGGGAAGUGAAUACCAAGGCUGUCCCAUGCCUUAGCCCAAAGCACAACACUUACUGCAUGCAUCACAGUUCCCAGCACUGUGGAAAGCACUCAGGCUACGAGAAAGGCUCCGCAGAAACUGUCUAGUAGGGGCCAUCCAGCCAUGACUACUCAAGAGCCAAAAGGAAGCAACCUUGAGGCACAAAACUUGAACUGGCAACAGGCUCUGGUAUUGGUAGUCCACGUCUCCUUCUAACCAGCAGAAUAAAGAUAUAGGGAGAACGUGAGUGUAUAGGGUUAUUCAUGGCCCAGGGAAUGGAGAAGAAGGUCGGUUCUCAUCUGGACCAAUGCUUAAGAAGCCCGAUUCCAUUCUGGAAAUCCAUUCUGAGGACUGUGUCAUUAGGGCAGCUUCUUAGAGCAAGCAUCAAAGAGUGCUCUUACACAAGCCAAGAUAGCUACCACAUCACUAGGCAAUAUAACGUAUGGGACCACCAUUGUACAUGCCAUCUGUUGUUGGUUGAAAUGUCACUGCGGCACAUGACCAUUCUGUACUCGGCACUGAAAGGCCAAACAACCUUGAUGCCAGAAUUGCAGAACACCCUAGCAGCACCUGUAACCAUACCCCUCUUUCAACCUGCCAUUUCCAGUGGAGUCAAACCACCACCUUCUCCUGGCCACUUGGGUUUAAUUUGCUCACUGUAUCUCCCUUGGUCCUACAGCCCAGACAAUGGAGAUCCUAAGUGGGCAUGAUCAGUGCAUGGCCUGUUCCCACAGCUCAGGCCUGGAAUAUGGUGGAGCCGAGCAUUCCUCCUGGUGUUGCUUACUUUUUGCCACUAUUUUUGGCAACCUUGAGAAGAAAACGAUAGGUUACAGAAUUCCCACUAGACCAACGCUAAAGAAAAGCUGUUCCCCUUUGGUCUGCAUGCCCCAAUAGCCCAGAGUGUGGAGAAGAGGGUCAGGUCUUAACCUAGACCAAUGAUUAAGAAGCCUAAUUCCAGUCCUCUCCAUAUCUAUAAUCAGCAAAGGCCUUCAAAUUUAGCCUUUAACCCUUGAGGGAUAUCGUGGUCUGUUUCCAGCCAAACAGGCUGGGAGGGAGGCUCUGAGAGUCCUUAAGUAACUGAGGAUCCAAGGCCCUCUGGUUCCUCAUGUACUUUUCUGCUGAAGGUACCUUGACAGUAACCAGAAGGGACCAACCCCAAGCCCUGUCUUCCUGUCUACAGCUGCAUGCUCCUUGCUGUGACUCAGCCUUCACAGUACUCCAGGCAGGAGCUCCCACAGGCUGGGCACUGCAGAAACCAUAAUAAAGAGGUUGUGAUGCUG